UGUCGUGAGGUUGGCAACAUCUGCCCCUUCCUUCCUUCUUUUGCGCCGCUCCUCCAGGCAGAACUGCAAAGAGAACGUGAUCGAUCGAAUUUCAAAAAAGGCACACGCCUACCUCAGUGCUCCCGUGAUCACGAAAUUACUCAAAAUCUCCUGAUAAAAAAUCAGGAGUUCGUGUUUCGUGGUUAUAUCAUUCCGCGUGUGCCGCAAGUCCCACCCCGUCGUUCGUGAGCUCCACACAGCCGAACAAGAUGUCGAACCUCACCGAUCCGGUCGCGUUCGCCAAGGACUUCCUGGCGGGCGGUAUCUCCGCUGCUGUCUCCAAGACAGCCGUCGCACCCAUCGAGCGAGUAAAGUUGCUGCUCCAGGUGCAGCACGUCAGCAAACAGAUCGCCGAAGACCAGCGCUACAAGGGUAUAGUCGACGCUUUCGUCCGUAUUCCCAAGGAGCAGGGCUUCUUCUCCUUCUGGCGUGGUAAUCUUGCUAACGUCAUCAGGUACUUCCCCACCCAGGCGCUCAACUUCGCCUUCAAGGACAAGUACAAGCAGGUGUUCCUCGGCGGAGUUGACAAGAACACGCAGUUCUGGCGCUAUUUCGCUGGUAACUUGGCGUCCGGUGGUGCCGCCGGAGCCACCUCGCUGUGCUUCGUGUACCCGCUCGACUUCGCGCGUACCCGUCUCGCCGCCGACGUGGGCAAAGGCGAGGGCCAGCGUGAGUUCACCGGUCUCGGCAACUGCAUCUCCAAGAUCUUCAAGUCCGAUGGACUCAUCGGUCUGUACAGAGGCUUCGGCGUGUCGGUGCAAGGUAUCAUCAUCUACCGUGCGUCAUACUUCGGAUUCUACGACACGGCGCGCGGCAUGUUGCCCGACCCCAAGAACACACCCAUCGUCAUCAGCUGGGCUAUCGCGCAGACCGUCACCACCGUAGCUGGUAUCAUGUCUUAUCCCUUCGACACCGUCCGUAGGCGCAUGAUGAUGCAGUCUGGCCGCGCUAAGAGCGAUAUCCUGUACAAGAACACCCUGCACUGCUGGGCGACUAUCGCGCGGACCGAAGGUACCUCGGCCUUCUUCAAGGGAGCCUUCUCCAACAUCCUGAGAGGCACUGGUGGCGCCUUCGUGCUCGUCCUCUACGACGAGAUCAAGAAGCUCCUCUAAAUGUAAUGUAAGAAUUGUUACCAGUUACAUCAAUGUGAUUCCACAUCACCGCAGCCACUCCCCACAAAUCAUGUAUUAUUAGACGCGAAAACGACUCUAGUAACUUAUUUUAGUGAAAUAAAGCGUUAUACGAUGAUUCCAUAAUUUAUUGUUUUAUUAACAUUAAAAUUUAAGAGUUACAUAAUUAUGUGUGUCACUAAGUGAUGGUUAAAUGUCAAAGGUUACAGUUGUUAACUCUAAUUAAUUUACUGUCAUCUAAUGUGUCAUGUAUUUCUGUUCUUUAUUCUGUAUUCAAAUUGAUUUAAACAUAUCUACUGUAUAUUUAAAUAUAGGACAGUUGCAUGCCCGGCCAGUGUUAUGUAACCAACCAUAUUCUUUACACAUACCGGAGGCCAAGGCUGAACAGUAAGAUAUUAUUUCUAGACUAUACAUUACCAACUGAAAUCUUUGCUAAAUAUAUUGUUAACCAAUGGUUUGGUGAAAAUUAUGAAUUUACACCAAAUUUUCAAUCAUAAGGUGACAUAAGGGAGUGGACAAGACCAUUGUUAGUUUUGUUACCAUGUUUUCAAUCUGUAUAACGCUGAUAAUAAUCGCCGUAAAUUGUUCGAAACCUUGUGAUUAUGAAGCUGUUAUGUAACAAUGCAGAUGUAUGUAUAUCGUGCUAUGUGGUGCGUUUGUAGAUUAUUUUAGUUCACAUUUAAGAGUGUUGGGAUUCGCUGCGUAGUAAAGUUCCACACAUCUGUACGUCUGUCUAGUAGGAAACGUUGCGUAGGAGGAAGACUAAGUACCUAUGUGAACAUCUUUGCUCGGGUGUGAGUUUUUUGUGAGAAAAAUUCACGCAAUACGAGUUGUAUUGAUUAAUAGGAAAUUAAAUGUUAAAAUAA